UUAUUUGGGUAUAAAUUAACUCCUCCGUGGGUACUUACAAUUUGUCGUGUAGGUAUCUGCCAUUUAUUAAUCCUUCAAAACCGUCGCAAAGUUUUGCACGUCUGCUGGAAGGAUUAGAAUUUUGAUUCUGUUUUUCGCCGUAUUCGAGUCAAAUAAGUGCUGGAUUGUCGCGUUUCAUUGAAAAAUCACGGGAAAGACGCCUCCUGUAGUGACCGCAAACAUGACAGCUGCGGUGAGAUUGCUUCAGGGCCAAUCGGUUGCCUCCAUCUGCCGAUUGUGUUUCAUGGAACGGGAUCAGCUGGAACUGAUUUUCGACGCCGACCGAGGAUACUGCAGCCAAUGGAUCGAAAAACUCACUUCCUUGAAGAUUGAUAACGUUCCGAACGCUCCUUCGUCGCUUUGUGCAGAAUGCAAAUCCACACUGGAAUCCUUCGAUGCGUUCCGGGAAAUGUGCAUCACCAAUGAUCUUGUGUUCAAAGAGACAUUUUGUUCGGAGGACUUGUCUGUUGGUGACAUCAAAGUCGAAAGUAUUGAGGAUCAGCAUGAAAACAUCGUCAUCUUACAAACCGAUAGCGAGUCGAAUUCCUGCGACAUCCCUGCCGGGCAGGACAGCAUUGAUGCAGCAACAUCAACCAAACUGGUGAUAGACGACUUCGAAAUUAAAGUCCACGACAUGGAUACCAGUGUUGAAGCUAACAUCCCGAUAAUGACAAUGAUACCGGUAAUGAAUGGUGAUGAAAUCGGAAACUUUUCGCAUGAAAACCAUGAUUCUGCAAUGACGGAUGCCGAUCAUAAGUUCAAUAUAAUCGGUCCUACAAUUGACAUCAGUUCGAGUGUUGAAUCAGACAGUUCAAUGGAUGCAGAGUCAAAUGAUAAUCCCACUCAGAAUUUGACUGACGAAAACAACCAUAUGUCGCUCACUGUCGACGACAUUCUAUCAGAUUGUUUCAAAUAUCCAUGUAAAAUUUGCAAUAUACAUGUGUCGAAACUUCACAUAAUGACUCAUCAGGAUGUUCAUCUUUUCCAGUGUCAUAUUUGUUUUAAGGCAUUCGAACGGUUUAAUUAUGCCAGCAGGCACAUAUCUAAGUGGCACAGAGAAAAGAAUGAUACUAACGAUAAAGAUGCUCAUAAUGAUGAAUCUACCAGUGCGCUGCCAUCAUCAUCAUCCACGGCAGAUACACAUGACAACGAGUUGCAUUCUGAACAAGAGAAAUCGACACACAUGUGUGGUAUAUGCAACAAAAAUUCCACAAAACUCCAUGCAAUGGUACACAAGGCGGAAAAAGUUUUCGAGUGCUACAUAUGUUUAAAAACCUUUCACGAAUUGAGGUACUGUAGCAAGCAUAUCAGGGGUCACAUAAUUAAGCAACAGAAAGCAUCCGAGGAGGAAUGUAAUAAUGUCGAUUUAGUACAUAGCUGCAAAAUUUGCGUGAAGCCUGUAUCGAAACUGCACGUAAUGACUCACAAAGCCAGAGGAUUGUAUGUGUGCUACAUCUGUAGAAGGAGGUGUAAAAAAAUGGCGGAAAUGAUUGAACAUGUUAAAAAACAUAUGAAAAUACGAAGAACACAUAAACGACCAGUCGAAUCGAUUGACUCGAUCGUGGAAAAUGUUGACAAUAGUCAAACAACAGUCAAUGCUCAAGAAAUAGAUAACAUUCAAGCUAUGCUAGAGGAGACCAACAAGCCAUCUACAUACGUAUUGACUUGUGAUGUUUGCAUGCGAUUCUCAUCGAAACUACAUGUAACGACUCAUAAAGAUGCUGGGAUAUUCGAGUGCCACAUUUGCUCUAAAAGGUUCGACAAAUUUAUGAACUGUACUAGGCACAUUAAGCUGCACGUGAAGCGGAGCCUAACUGGCAAUAUUUCUCCGAUUGAAGAGAAGGAACAAGCGGAUGAGCACACUGCCAGUGGAAGCAGUAGUUCAACUAAUUACAAAAAAUCCAGUGAAACCCAUCUAGAAUUGGAUGUAUCCAGCUUUACGCAAGACGGCACAGACCUAAAAAGAGAAGCUCCUGGGUUGCACAUAGACUCCAGCGUGGAGGAUGACGAUGAGGAUGAAGAGGAAGAUAAGCCGCAGGAUGACGAAGCACUCAGCGCUAACGAACUCGGUCCAACGAAGUAUGUCUGCACAAUAUGCAACCAAAAUGUUUCAAAACUGCACGUAAUAACUCACAAAGCCGACGGAUUGUUUCAGUGUCCGAUCUGCCCGAGAGUAUCUAAUACCUUCUACAAUGUCAGCAGGCACAUUAAAAAUUUCAGCAACCACACAGAAGAGGUAAGAAAUAUGCUUGCGUCGGCCUUGCCCAAAAGUCAGCUUUUUUGACUUCUGAUAGACUAAAAAUCGGCACUGGUUGUUGCAUCGCCAAUAGUAGAUAAGUUUUGAGAGUGUUAGGAUUGAAAUAAAGGUAUUCCACUUGUA